ACAAGCUAGAUUAAUUUCUGCUGGCACAAGGAGAUAUGUGAAGGGAAAUGAGUUGCAGAUGUUUUAUCUUGAGGUUUAACAAGGUAGAUGUGACUUUUGGAACAGGAGUUUGGUUGUUAUUCAAAGUUCUUUCAUUUAGGCCAUAAUAAAACUUUAAACUCUGGAACUUUGGCCAUUAAUUCAAUUGAGUGAUCAGUAACAGUGCACACACUGCUCCAGUAACAAUGAUACUUCUGGGCUUUCUUCUCUUUGUUACUAACUGUGGGAUCAUUUUCAGCCAAGGAGGGUCACACAUAGAGGUGAAGGUACUGACAUACCAGGGAACUAUCUGCCAACAGCAGGACAGAGGUCACUUUUGGCACAUCACAGAUCUUCACUGGGACCCUGAUUAUAAAGUGACAAUGAACCCAAACACUGUGUGUCCUUCAUCUUCGAAACCUGUACUAAACCCAGGGAAGUGGGGCAGCUACCUAUGUGACUCCAAUUGGGACCUCAUCAAUCUGACACUUCAUAAAAUGAAAACCUUUCACCCUAAGCCAGACUUCAUUCUUUGGACUGGUGAUGACACUCCUCAUGUUGCUGAUGAGAAACUUGGUGAGGAUGUAGUCCUGCGGAUAAUAAGCAAGUUAACCAAGUUGAUUCAAGUGGUCUUUCCAGGCACGAAAGUCUACUCUGCAAUGGGAAAUCACGACUUCCAUCCAAAAAAUCAGCUUCCUGGUAACUAUCACAAGAUUUACAACAGAACUGCUGAAUUAUGGGCACCGUGGAUGGACCAUCAAUCUAUCGCUAUCUUUAAUCAAGGUGCUUUCUACACUGAGAAGCUGCUGGGUAGGACUGACCAGAGAAUCAUUGUUUUGAACACAAAUCUGUACUACAGCAGCAAUAAGUAUAAUGUUGGGAUUAAUGACCCUGCUGGCCAGUUUCAAUGGCUUGAAGAAAUUCUUUCAAAUGCAAUGACAGCAAAAGAAAAAGUUUACAUCAUUGGGCAUGUGCCACCUGGUUUUUUUGAAAAGAAAAGAUGGACAUCUUGGUUUGUAGAACAUUUCAAUAACAGAUAUGUUGAAAUUAUCCAAAAGUAUCACAGCGUGAUAGCUGGUCAAUUCUUUGGACACCACCAUACAGACAGCUUCAGGAUGUUCUAUAAUCAUUCAGGUUCUCCCAUAGGAGUUAUGUUUAUUACACCUGGCAUUACUCCAUGGAAAACAACACUGCCUGGUGUGGAGAAUGGAGCUAAUAACCCAGCGAUUCGGGUAUUUGAGUAUGACACAAAUACAUUGGAAGUCCAGGAUGUAGUGACAUAUUUCUUCAAUUUAAGCUAUGCGAAUGCAAUAGCUCCACUGUGGCAAUUGGAAUAUCGUUUAACAGAGGCAUUUAAGGUUCCAGAUGGUACAGUUAAGUCAAUGCAAACAGUACUGGAUAAGUUAUACCAUGAAAACGACUAUCUACAAAAAUAUUAUAAACUUAAUUCAGUAAAUUAUGAUUUAGCUAAAUGUGACAUGAACUGCAGAAUUGAUCAGAUUUGUGCAAUCAAGGAAGUUGACUUUGCUAAAUAUGAAGAAUGUGUGAAAAGAGAGAGCUCGUCUUCGGCUCUUACUGCACAAGUGCCUAUUAUUUCUUUUCUGUUGCUUUCCAUUGUGCUCCUCCAAUUCUAGCAUAUACCAGGUCUGUAGAAAUGUGGCAAAGUAUGAAAAUCAUAGACAUUGUUCAACAGAUAAUCACUGACUGACUAUAAUUAUGCUGCAUGUAUGAUUGAUCUGGAUUGGGUCUUUGUUAAACUCAACCAAUCCUUUUAUUCCUUUCACUUUGUGCACAAUUAUGCAGCUAAAGGUAAUCGAGAAGAGAAGAAAUGCAACUAACCUGCAUCUACGCAGCCAUUCCAUGCUGAAAAUAAUCUCCAUGCAUACAUGUAA